GUUUCUAAAGAAGCUGAUUUAGAGACCGUCCCCGGCCCCCCCGCUGACCACCCGGGCUCCCCAGAGCCUGCAGACCCUGAGGGAUCCAAACCCAGGACCUCCAAGAAGAAAACUAAGCUGGGAAAGUACCAAAAAGCGUUUGAGCACCUUGGGAAUGCCCUCACUUUUGACCCCAACAAUUAUAAGGCCAUCCUGGCUGCAGGCAGCAUGAUGCAGACCCACGGUGACUUUGAUGUGGCCUUGAAUAAGUACAGAGUGGCAGCGAGCGCCGUGCCAGAAAGCCCCCCGCUCUGGAACAACAUCGGCAUGUGCUUCUUUGGAAAGAAGAAAUAUGUAGCUGCCAUCAGCUGCCUGAAGCGGGCGCAGUACCUUUCUCCUUUUGACUGGAAGGUGUUGUACAACCUGGGCCUGGUUCACCUGACCAUGCAGCAGUAUGCGUCCGCCUUCCACUUCCUCAGCGCCGCCAUCAACCUGAACCCUCGAAUGGGGGAGCUGUACAUGCUGCUGGCAGUGGCCUUGACCAACUUGGAAGAUGUGGAGAACGCCACCAGAGCGUAUGAGCAGGCUGUGAAUCUGGAUGAAUCCAACCCCCUGGUCAACCUGAACUUUGCAAUCUUCCUCUAUAAUCACGGUGAAAAGAAAGCUGCUCUGGAUCAAUAUCUGGAGAUGGAGAGGAAAGUCAACCUCCUUCGAGACAGCAGCAGCAACUUUGAGUUUGAUUCAGAGCUGAUGGAAAUGGCUCAGAAGAUGGGAGCUGCCCUCCAGGUGGGGGAGAGCCUGGUGUGGUCUAAACCAGGAAAGGACUCCAAAUCCAAACUGCACUCCACAGCAGCAGCCAAACCCCCCGGAGCCCCUCUGGGCACCAACCAGGCUCUGGGUCAGGCCAUGUCCUCAGCGGCCAGCUACAACAAGAACAUGCAGCUGCCAACA